GGAAGGACUUCAGCUCGGUUGGCUCGCUCAGCUGCCGCUCAUGCCGUGGCGCACGCCCGUUCGGUGCGUUUGCGGCGCGUGCGGCGGCGGCCAAUGUCCGUGGGCUUGCGGCGCAAGAAGUCCGAUGUCCUCUUCACGGCGCUUUACAUUUGGGCCUCGGCCACGCAAUCCUUCUUGAUUUCUCUCAGCAAGACUUCCGGAGGAUUUGCAUACGAUCCCAGUUCAGUUGUUUGCUUACAGGAAGGAUUGAAGCUUCUCACCGCAGUGGCGAGUGAGGGCCUUCCGGAACUUCGGGCGCUCGGAAGAAGCGGGUCACUGGCCGUGCCGGCCGUACUGGCAGCUCUGCAUGGAAACUUGGUCUUUCUGGCGCAUCUGUAUCUCUCGCCGCCCAUGUAUCAUUUCUUGAGCCUUUCCCGAAUUUUAGUCACAGGAAUCUUGUUUCGCGUGAUUCUGCAGCAAGAGUUGCAGGCCAUUCAGUGGAUUGCUUUGCUGCAGCUGGCCAUUGCCAUUGCUGGCACCAGCCAGAUCGAUUGCAGCAGCGGAGAAGACAGGACUACGUCGGAUGCGAGUGAGUGGAAAGCUGGGAUGACGAUCGUGCUCGUCCUGGCGGUCUGCUCGUCUCUCUCGGGGGCCCAGCUGCAGUUGAGGGGUCCUUGCAACCACCUUGUGCUGCAGAUGUACAGCUUUGUGGCAUCUCUUGGUCUCCAUGUGAUGACCCGGACGAAAGGGCCACUGGAGGGCUACAGCAAGGAAGUCUAUCUCAUGGUCCUGAUGAACGGUUUACUUGGCCUAGCCAAUCCUCGCAUGACUCGGGAUGCCAAGAUCAUCCAGAGCUUGGCGACACUGUCGGUGGCCGUGGUGCUUUCCGCGUGGCAACUCCGCUUCAGUCCCGGAACCGGCUUCUGGCGCAGCUGCCUGCUCUCUGCCUCAGCGCUAGGUUUGUACUAUGGAGAUCAGUCCACCUUGUACAGCCGCGACCACGAGGUCUUUGGCGCUUGGCCAUCGUGGCUCAACUGGACUCUUCAUCGCGGCUCCUCCCGUUCUUCGCGCGAGGAACUUCCCAAGAUGGUGUGACACCGCGAAGCGGAGCAGAAAAGUCACGAAACGAAACGGUCGGCCGCGGCAUUUGGGCGCCGCCGGGGUGGAUUUGGCCGGUGAAGUAUAGCCAUUGGCCUAAGAGUGAUGGUCUCC